CACCGUUUCCGGCCCGAUCUGCACGUCGUCAGAGUACAGGAAUCUGCAAGCCGGGUGGCAAUUACAAAUCAGGCCGUACAGGAGCGCACACUGGAUACAACUCUCUGAAGCUCUGCGUGCGCCUUUAAGAAGCUCGGACGGCGAGAUUCCACCGCCGCCGCGCGCGGUCAGGUGUCUCGUGGCCGCAUGCUGCCUUUCAUCAGCGCGAUGUGACGUCACGUCAGUAGCUGUCCUUUCGGCAGCGGUGCUGAAACAAGAUGGCUGUGCGUCGGAGAGCGGAAAGCAGAGGCGAUGCUGGAAAGUAGCCCGUGAGAGACGAAGGAGCCGGCAGAGUGACACAGGGGGCUAAUUACAGAAGUGGUGGGGGGGACGGAAUUGUACACACCCUCGGCAAAUCACUGCAUUUAUUUCCCCCCGUCUGUGUACUCGGGGAGCCGGGAGAAGACAGCUGGUCGCGCUCACAGCCACGAGAGAUGUCACUGCUGUGUGUCGGAGUGAAGAAAGCCAAGCUCGAUGGACCACAGGAGAAGUUCAACACCUACGUGUCUCUGAAAGUUCAGAAUGUCAAGAGCACCACCAUCGCUGUCCGGGGCAACCAGCCCUCCUGGGAGCAGGACUUCAUGUUUGAGAUCAGCAGGCUGGAUUUGGGGCUGACGGUGGAGGUGUGGAAUAAGGGGCUGAUCUGGGACACCAUGGUGGGGACGCUCUGGAUCCCCCUGCGCAACAUUCGGCAGUCCAACGAGGAAGGCCCGGGGGAGUGGCUGACCCUGGACUCCCAGGUCAUCAUGGCGGAUAAUGAGAUCUGUGGCACCAAAGACCCCACUUUCCACCGGGUCCUGCUGGACACUCGCUUCGAACUGCCGCUGGACAUUCCAGAAGAGGAGGCUCGCUACUGGGCCAAAAAGCUGGAGCAGCUCAACGCCAUGAGAGACCAGGAUUAUGUGGAGGAGGGUGAGGGACCUCUGCCUGUGCCAGGGACUCAGUGCUGUAAUUGGAGUCUGUGGAGGGACCAGCAGAACGAGGACCCGGACAGUGCCGUGGACGACCGGGACAGCGACUACCGCAGCGAGACCAGCAACAGCAUCCCGCCCCCCUACUACACCACCUCCCAGCCCAACGCCUCCGUGCACCAGUAUCCCAUGAGGCACCCGCACCGCGGGCCCUACGGCCGCUCCGCCAGCAGCUGCGACUACGACUACGACCACCAGAGGGCGAUGAGUCCCACGGGCAGCUACGCCUCGUCGGGGGAGCUCAGUCAGGGCAGCUCCCAGCUGAGUGAGGACUUUGGGCCGGGGGGGUACCGGGACGGCCUGCGGGGCGAGUUCUACGACGAAAACGACUCCUACCACUCCUGCCACUCCUCCGUCAGCUACACCUGCAGCCGGGACUCCCCGGACUGGGACCCCGACGACCCCCAGGGGGUGUACAGCGACGAGGGGGGGUACAGCCGGGACGGGGGCGAGGAGGGGGCCCUGUACGGGGACGAGGGAGAGGAGGGGGCCUACGAGGACGAGAUGAUCUACGAGGAGGAGGACCUGUACCCCCCGGAGGAGCCCCUAAACGAGGACCAGGAGGCCCCCUACACCCCCACCCCUACUGGGCCCGCCCCUGCAGCCCUGCUGCCCGAGACCCCAGCCAGCGCCCGCCCCCCCCUGGAGAAGCAGGCCUCCCUCAACAAGCAGCAGCCUCCUCAGGGCCCCGCCCCCUCUCAGGCCCCGCCCACUCAGCCGAAGUCCCUCCCCCCACCACAGCUCCCAGUUGCCGGGGGUAGGCCCCCUAUUUCCCAGGCCCCUCCCCCUAUGGCCGCCAGUCAGCCCCCUGCCCCCGCAGCCCAGCCCGCUGCCCCCAUGUUCCAGCAGACUGGCCCCGCCCCCCAGACUCCCUCCGCCCCCUUGUUCCAGAGAGCUGGCCCCGCCUCCCAGCCGUCCCCAGUCCCGACGUUCCAGACGAGUGGCCCCGCCCCCCAGCCUUCUCCCGCCCCGACGUUCCAGGCGAGUGGCCCCGCCCCCCAGCCUUCUCCCGCCCCGACGUUCCAGGCGAGUGGCCCCGCCCCCCAGCCUUCUCCCGCCCCGACGUUCCAGGCCCCUCCCCCCUCCACCGCCCAGCCCCCUGUCCCAGCGGAGGAGCCCCUUCUGCUCUCGGAAGAGGAGCCCCCCUACACAGAGAGCCCCCCUCCCGAAUCGCCCCUGGAGGAGGAGGAGCCCACGCCCGACAGCUGUGUUCUGGAGGAGGAGGAGCCCCAGGAGGAAGUGGACUCUGCGGCUCGCGCCAAGGCCAACUGGCUGCGGCUGUUCGAUAAGGUCCGGCAGCAGCUACAGGAGGCUCGUGGGGAGUCGGGCGGCUCUCAAUCACUGUGGUUUAAAGGAGGGCCUGGCGGGGCGCUAUAUAGUAUAGACAGCAUGCCGGACCUACGAAAGAGGAAAGCCAUCCCUCUAGUUAGAGAUUUGGCCAUGUCUCUGGUCCAGAACUCUCGCAAGGCGGGGAUCACCUCGGCGAUGGCCUGCAGCACGCUGAACAACGAGGAGCUGAAGAGCCACGUGUAUAAGAAGACCCUGCAGGCGCUGAUCUACCCCAUCUCCUGCACCACGCCCCACAACUUCGAGGUGUGGACGGCAACCACGCCCACCUACUGCUACGAGUGUGAGGGGCUGCUGUGGGGCAUCGCCCGCCAGGGCAUGAGGUGCUCCGAGUGCGGGGUCAAGUGCCACGAGAAGUGCCAGGACCUGCUGAACGCCGACUGCCUGCAGAGGGCGGCGGAGAAGAGCUCCAAGCACGGGGCGGAGGACCGCACCCAGAACAUCAUCAUGGUGCUGAAGGACCGCAUGAAGAUUCGGGAGAGGAACAAGCCCGAGAUCUUCGAGCUCAUCCAGGAGGUGUUCGGCGUGAUCAAGGCCACCCACGCCACCCACAUGAAGCAGAUCAAGCAGAGCGUGCUGGACGGCACCUCCAAGUGGUCCGCCAAGAUCAGCAUCACAGUGGUCUGCGCCCAGGGCCUCCAGGCCAAGGACAAGACGGGCUCCAGCGACCCCUACGUCACCGUGCAGGUGGGCAAGACCAAGAAGAGGACCAAGACCAUCUACGGCAACCUCAACCCCGUGUGGGAGGAGAACUUCCACUUCGAGUGCCACAACUCCUCGGACCGCAUCAAGGUGCGCGUGUGGGACGAGGACGACGACAUCAAGUCGCGCGUGAAGCAGCGCUUCAAGCGGGAGUCGGACGACUUCCUGGGGCAGACCAUCAUCGAGGUCCGCACCCUGAGCGGGGAGAUGGACGUGUGGUACAACCUGGACAAGCGUACGGACAAAUCGGCCGUGUCCGGAGCCAUCCGCAUGCACAUCAGCGUGGAGAUCAAAGGGGAGGAGACUGUGGCACCCUAUCACGUGCAGUACACCUGUCUGCACGAGCACCUGUUCCACUACCUGACGGACGUGCAGAACGAGGGCGUGGUGAAGAUCCCGGACGCCAAGGGCGACGACGCCUGGAAGGUGUACUUCGAGGAGACGGCCCAGGAGAUCGUGGACGAGUUCGCCAUGCGCUACGGCGUGGAGUCCAUCUACCAGGCCAUGACUCACUUCGCCUGCCUGUCGUCCAAAUACAUGUGCCCGGGCGUGCCAGCGGUCAUGAGCACCCUGCUGGCCAACAUCAACGCCUACUACGCCCACACCACCCAGUCCUCCAACAACGUCUCCGCCUCCGACCGCUUCGCCGCCUCCAACUUCGGGAAAGAGCGGUUUGUGAAGCUCCUGGACCAGCUGCAUAACUCCCUACGGAUCGACCUCUCCAUGUACCGGAACAACUUCCCAGCCAGCAGUGCGGAGAGACUGCAGGACCUGAAGUCCACUGUGGACCUGCUCACCAGCAUCACCUUCUUCAGGAUGAAGGUCCAGGAGCUGCAGAGCCCCCCCAGGGCCAGUCAGGUGGUAAAGGACUGUGUCAAGGCCUGCCUGAACUCCACCUACGAGUACAUCUUCAACAACUGCCAUGAGCUGUAUGGCCGGGAAUACCAGGCCGACCCGGCCAAAAAAGAGGUUCCCCCCGAGGAGCAGGGUCCCAGCAUCAAGAACCUGGACUUCUGGUCCAAGCUCAUCACCCUCAUCGUGUCCAUCAUCGAGGAGGACAAGAACUCCUACACGCCCUGCCUCAAUCAGUUCCCGCAGGAGCUGAACGUGGGGAAGAUCAGCGCGGAGGUGAUGUGGAGCCUGUUCGCUCAGGACAUGAAGUACGCCAUGGAGGAACACGAUAAGAACCGUCUCUGUAAGAGUGCAGACUACAUGAACCUGCACUUCAAAGUGAAGUGGCUCUUUAAUGAGUACUGCAAGGAGCUGCCCUUCUUCCAGAACCGCGUGCCUGAGUACCCUGCAUGGUUCGAGCCGUUCGUCAUCCAGUGGCUGGACGAGAACGAGGAAGUGUCGCGCGACUUCCUGCACGGUGCCCUGGAGAGGGACAAAAAGGACGGGUUCCAGCAGACGUCCGAGCACGCCCUGUUCUCCUGCUCCGUGGUGGACGUCUUCUCCCAGCUCAACCAGAGCUUCGAGAUCAUCCGGAAGCUGGAGUGCCCCGACCCGCAGAUCGUGGGGAACUACAUGCGGAGGUUCGCCAAGACCAUCGGCAACGUGCUGCUCUCCUACGCUGACAUCAUCGCCAAGGAUUUCGCUGGUCACUGCUCCAAGGAGAAAGUGCCCUGCAUCCUGAUCAAUAACAUCCAGCAGCUGCGAGUUCAGCUGGAGAAGAUGUUCGAGGCCAUGGGGGGCAAAGACCUGAACGUGGAGGCCAGCGACUUCCUGAAGGAGCUGCAGGUGAAGCUCAACAACGUGAUGGACGACCUCAGCAGGGUGUUUGCAGUCAGUUUCCAGCCGCACAUAGAGGAGAGUGUGCGGCAGAUGGGGGACAUCCUGAGCCAGGUGAAGGGGACCAACACGGUCCCGGCCAGCGCCUGCAGCAGCGUGGCCCAGGAUGCUGACAACGUCCUGCAGCCCAUCAUGGACUUCCUGGACAGCAACCUGACGCUCUUCGCUAAGAUCUGUGAGAAGACGGUGCUGAAGCGCGUGCUGAAGGAGCUGUGGAAGCUGGUGAUGAACACCAUGGAGAAGACCAUCGUCCUGCCGCCGCUCACCGACCAGACGGGCACCCAGCUCAUCUUCAACAAGGCCAAGGAGUUGGGACAACUUUCCAAACUCAAGGAGCACAUGGUUCGAGAGGAGGCCAAGGCUCUGACGCCCAAACAGUGCGCCGUGGUGGAGCUGGCGCUGGACACCAUCAAGCAAUACUUCCACGCGGGCGGGGUGGGGCUGAAGAAGGCCUUCCUGGAGAAGAGCCCGGACCUGCAGUCCCUGCGCUACGCCCUGUCCCUCUACACCCAGGCCACGGACAAGCUCAUCAAGAAGUUCAUCCAAUCACAGAACGCCCAGGGUUCCGGGGUGGACGACGCGGUGGGGGAGGUGUCCAUCCACGUGGAGAUCUUCACUCACCCCAACACUGGAGAGCACAAGGUCACGGUGAAAGUGGUUGCCGCUAACGACCUGCAGUGGCAGACCUCCGGAAUAUUCCGCCCCUUCGUGGAGGUGUACAUCAUCGGCCCCAACCUCAGCGACAGGAAGCGGAAGUUCGCCACCAAGUCGAAGAACAACAGCUGGGCGCCCAAGUUCAGCGAGACCUUCACGUUCACGCUGAGCAGCGAGGCGGGGCCGGAGAGCUACGAGCUGCAGGUGUGCGUGAAGGACUACUGCUUCGCGCGGGAGGACCGCACGGUGGGCAUGGCGGUCAUGCAGCUGAAGGACAUGGCGUCCCGCGGCAGCGUGGCCUGCUGGCUCCCGCUGGGCAAGCGGGUCCACAUGGACGAGACGGGCCUGACCGUCCUGCGCAUCCUGUCCCAGCGCAACAACGACGAGGUCGCCAAGGAGUUCGUCAAGCUCAAGUCCGACCAGCGCUCCCCGGAGGAGGGCAGGGGGAGCUAAGAGGGGGCGGGGAUGACGAGGGAGGGAGGGAGGGAGGAAGAGAGAGACAGAGAGAGAAAGCCCACAGCUCCCUCUUUUGCACAGUAUUAAUUUCACCUCUGGGCACACGUAAGACACACACACACACACACACAGCACACACACCUGCGCAUGCUCUCAGCUGACCAACACACACACACACACACACACACACACACACACUGACACACAGCUGUGAAACGUAGAGAAUGGUACCGCACUGCCUCUCUGAUGGACGAUGUUCGUUCAGCCUCCUCCUAAGAGCCCCCCCUCCCCCCUGUACUCCUCUGUCCUCCAUCCCCCCCCUUUUUACCUGCCACUCUUUCUGUCCUCCUCUUCUUCUUUCCUCUCCUCCUGCCUGCGAAGACCCCUCUCUAUGUGGCAAACGUCUCGAGCUUUUUAACAACCCCCCCCCCCACCCCCCCCCCCCGCCCACGAACUGUAUGUGAGUUGAUUUCCUUACAGCUGCCUUCCUUUCCCACCGCUCAACAAGCAUGGGGGGGGGGGGGUGUCACCUGAAAAUAACCCCCCCCCCCCAAAAAAAAGAAAAGAAAUGAAACACUGAGGGGUGAGUCAGUGAAUAAGCAGGUUUUGGAAAGCGCUGGAAUGUGGGUGGGAUUUCUUCCACCGCCCAAAUGUGCCCGAUCAGCUCAGACCCCAAAUUCCCUCCGAUGGGCGUUCCUCAUCGGAACGUUUACAGGGGGUUUCGCCCGCUCUGUAGAUCGCACCUGCUGGACUCGGCCCGACAGGGGGGCCGAGUAACCGCGGAAACCAGCAGAGCCCGCCAGGUCCCCCCGGGGGGCCCGGGGGGGGGGGGGGGCGGGUUGGAGUCGGGCCGUGCCGCUGGGUCCUAGGCCCCUCGGCUCCUCGCCGGCGGCGCUGAGCGUCUCAGCUCUCGAAUCUCAACUUAAGACCUUGCCCCUGAGCGUCCGCCGCCCUCGUGCCCACCUGUGCACAGCGUCCUCUGCAUGACGAUGCCCCGCCCUCCGAGCACUGUGAAGAACUUAGCCCCGCCCUCGACUGUGACCGCGCCCGCGCCCGCGCCCGCCGCUAUGAAACCGCCAUCUGGGCGGCCGUGUUUCCGCGUUCACGUCCGCUUGUGCGCUCCGCAGGGCGAGAAGAAUGUCCAUCGCGUCGAAUGUCCACCGAGUCAGUUAGCUAGCUAGCUAGGUAGGAAUAUAGAUAGACAGAUAGAUAGAUAGUUAUUUUGAGAAUUGCCAAAGUGUCUUUUUAUUAGGAGGAAAGGAUCUUUGUGGAGGACUUACGCUUGUUUUUAAACACAUUCCACUGCAAGCCAUGCAGUCCUUCUGUUUUCGUGGGGCUGACCCAUUGCAGUAGACGUGUUUUGGGGUGUGUGGUGUGGGGAAAGGGAGGGAGGAGGGAGGGGGGAGGGGGGUGUAAAAUAUUGGCCUUCCUAGGGGGAUGUGCUCUUUGAAUGCUGACUUAAUCCAAGUGUUCAAAGAGACUGUCUCUAGAAAUGAACUGAAAAGGAGCCAGUGAACUGGACUGAGAGAAGAUGCCAAUCUCCAUUUCUCCCCACUUCUCUCUCCUCCUGAGAAAGCACAAGGAAUGCUCCUUGUCUCCCCCUGCUGGGCAAAUAGGGGAACUGUAGCUGUGGACACCCUUGACCAAUCACAGCACAGUGAGAGUGCCAUGCGGACAAUUCAAUGAAAGGACUGGAGAACUGUUUGCAUGCUUCUCUCUGAGAGACAGAACAGCGAGAUGGAGAGAGAGAAAGAGAAAGAGAGAAAAGGGAAGAGGACCAAUCGCUUGGCAGUUCGCAGACAUUCACACCAAGGCCUGAGCUCACCUUGUUUGCUUCACUGUUUUUGAAACAAGAAGAACACAAGGCUGUGUGUGUGUGAAAAUUUAAGAACACCUUCCUGAAAUGUUUAGUGGUGUGAAGUUUAUCAAUAAAUCAUCGCAAAAAAAAUUAAUUAAAAAGAUUUCAGCCAGGUCAUGUGACUGCAGGCUGGUGGUGUGCCCAAGACACGGGUAGGUAAAGAGUACCUGUAGGACAGGUGAGCAUCCUGCUUUUCAGCUGCAGAGGAGCAAAGAAAAGAUACAAACCCAACACUGACCAAGUCCUGAAUGUUACUGUGCGUGUACAGGCAACGGGUGCGAAAAGACUGUGGCCAGAACAACCCGACAUGCAAGAUCCCCAAAGCAUUGAAACUGAAAUGAGGUCAAUGACCUCCGUUACUCCACUCAGCCUCGCCGUUAGACACACAUGCACGUGCACGCGCACGCAACACACACGCGAAAACGUACAAAAAAAACACGGAAGCACAAAAGCGGCCCAAAAAAAAAUUUUUUUUUUAAAGACCGGUGCAUGCAUGCAUGCAGACUCAUCCCCCCCACACCCAAACACAGCGACACCCACUCUGUAAAUACAAAGAAGUGCAUGAUGGGAAACGCUGUCCUGUGUCAGCACGUGAUGUCACUUGCCAGUUGUCCUGUAUUGUUAUUUUUUUCACUCUAGUUUUUUUGCGUUUGUUUGUUUCAAUAUUUGCCUAAUUCUACCUAUUUUUUCAAAUGCUUGUGAAUAUAUAAAUAACACCAACGUUGUACGUGUGUUCGAAAAACUAGCAUGAGAGAAAGUAUUUUUUUUUUAUACUGACAGUGUUUAUAAUUUUUUUUUUUUAAUCCAUAUGAUUGACCUUACUGGGGAUUGGGAAUGAAGACUGCAGCAUCGCUGUGGUUCUGCUUCGAAAAUAAAGAAUAUAUAGAUAUA